AUGGCAACACACGCUGAUCGGCGGUACGCCUCCAAUCAAUAUGAUAUUGUCAUUGUCGGCGCCGGACCAGUCGGCCUGAUGCUCUCGACUUGCCUCGCAAGAUGGGGUUACAAGAUCAAGCACAUUGACAACAGGGCCGAGCCCACCCCAACAGGGCGGGCUGACGGUAUCCAGCCGCGGUCACUCGACCUGCUCCGGAACAUGGGGCUCAAGUCGGCCAUCAUGGCUCAUAAGCCCGCGCGCGUCUACGAGGUUGCCUUCUGGGAUCCCCCUAGGGGCGGCAAGGGCAUUGUCCGGACGGGAACGUGGGCCAGUUGCCCUAGCUUUAUCGAUGCCAGAUAUCCUUUCACAACGCUCCUGCAUCAGGGCAUGAUUGAGCGUGUCUUCAUCGCCGAUCUCGAAAAGAACGGCACCCAGGUACAGCGGCCGUGGACCAUCACGGGGUUUACUUCGGACGAGAAGGCGAACCCGGAAUUCCCUGUCAUAGUCCAGCUCGAACACAUCGACGGCACGUCGAGCGAGUCGGUCCAGGCUAAGUAUCUGUUCGGCGGCGAAGGGGCGCGGUCAUUCAUCCGCGAGCAGCUCAAGAUUGGCAUCAAGCACAAGGACCCUAUUGCCUACGUGUGGGGCGUCAUGGACGGCGUCGUGAAGACGGACUUCCCUGAUAUCAAGAUGAAAUGCACGAUCCACUCCGAGCACGGCUCCAUCAUGGUCAUCCCUCGCGAGGAUAACAUGGUGCGACUUUACAUCCAGAUCGCCUCCUCCACAGACGCAGACUGGAACCCUAGGAAGACGGCGACGCAGGAGGAGGUGCAGGAAUCUGCCAAGCGCAUCCUUAACCCGUACUCGAUCGAGUGGGAGAUAGUGGAGUGGUACUCGGUCUACCCCAUCGGCCAGGGUAUCUCUGAAAAGUACACUCUGGACCACCGCGUGUUCCUUGGCGGCGAUGCCUGCCACACCCACAGCCCCAAGGCCGGCCAGGGCAUGAACACGGCGUUCCUGGACGCGCUGAAUCUCGCCUGGAAGAUCCACGCUGUCGAGGGCGGCCUCGCAAAGCGCAGCCUGCUCGAGACGUACGAGCCGGAGCGCAAGGACGUGGCCGAGACGCUGCUCGAUUUCGACAACAAAUAUGCUAAGCUCUUCUCGCAGCGACCCGGCGCUGCAAGCGAGGCCUCUGCGGCAUCCACGUCGUCGUCGGCGGCCGAGGACAACGAGUUCAUCAAGGCCUUCAAGUCGGCCUGCGAGUUCACCAGCGGGUACGGCGUGGCAUACAAGCCCAACGAGCUCAACUGGUCGCCGUCGCACCCAGCGCAGUCGCACGUGGUGCACCCAGCCAGCACCAAGCUGCGCACGGGGCGGCUGCUCAUCAACGCCGACGUUACGCGCGUCGUCGACGCCAACGUGGUCCACGUCGAGCAGGAGGUGCCGCUCAACGGCGCGUUCCGCCUCUUUGUCUUCGCCGGCAAGCCCGCCGUCACGGCCCAGGCCCUGCGCGACCUCACCGUCGGCAUGUCUCGCAAGGGCUCCUUCUACUCGGCCUACGCGCGCCCCGACGCCGACGCCGUCAGCCACCACGAGCACCACAACCCCCACAGCCGCUUCUUCACCGUCUGCACCGUCGUCGCCAACCAGCGCUCCGCCGUCGACAUCUCGCGCGACCUGCCCGCCCUGCUCGCCCGCUACCGCGAGCACGUCUACGCCGACGACCGCUGGGACCGCCGCGUGCCCGACGCUGCCGCCCCCGCCCACGCCAAGAUGGGCCUCGACCAGGAGCGCGGCGGCGUUGUCGUCGUCCGCCCCGACGGCUACGUCGGCAUCGUCGUCAGCCUCGAGGAGGGUGCCGCUACCGUAGAUGCGCUGAACCAGUACUUUGGUGCGUUUUCGACCAAGAAGCUAGGCGAGACCCAGGCGCAGCUGUAG